AUGUCCAAUCGCCAACCACCACCAGCCACCCCCUCAACCUCCCAAAUCACAGUCACCCCCCUCCCUCCCACCACCUCACCCAUCCUCCCAACCAAAACAAUCACAACCACCAUCCUUGGCCAUGCAACCACCAUCAUAGCUCAAUCAUUUACAGAUCGAGUCUUCAUAACAAUAACCCAACUCUCCCGAUUCGGAGUUCUCUACCAAGCCUCUACCUCUCCUUCUCCCUCUUCCCACACUGAUGGGUCGGCGGCAGCUCCCACCACCACGGCGGCAAAUUUGCCGCCGCCAUUACCAACAACAAUAGUAACAAAAUUAGUGGGCACAGAACCUACGCCGGGUCAUGUAGCUCUAUAUCAGCUCUAUGUUAGUCAGGUGGCUAGCAUUGUCCAUCAUGCAAUGGACGCGAAUGCAGGGAGGAGUGUGGUUGUCAGUCUGGCUUUGAAGGCGAGUGCGAGUGCGGAUGGUGUAGGGAAGGAGAGGGGGACAGGGGGCGGGCAAGAUUGGGACGAUGACGAGGCGGGGGAGAUGUUGAUGUCGAGCGAAGACGAACGGCAACGAUUCGUGGCGAUAAUGGGACUUGUACAGCAGUGUAGGGUUUGGUGA